AUAUUGAAAACCUCAACUUCUCAGCUAAACCCACACACACCAACCUUUUUCUUGAGAGAGAGAGAGAGAGAGAGAGAGAGAGAGAGGGGGGGGAGAGAGGGGUCUAGAAGUAAUAAGCUUCCUUGCUAUGGCAAACUCAGAGAUCGAAAGGAGUAGUGAUGCUGCACGUGCAUUAGGAGGUAAGUAUCAAGUGUUCUUGAGUUUUAGAGGACCUGAUACUCGUUAUGGAUUCACAGACUUCCUAUACCACGGCUUGGUAGAUGCCGGAGUCCACGUAUUUAGGGACGAUGAUGAACUCCGCUUCGGCGAAGUGAUUGGUGAGAACCUUCUAUGUGCUAUCGACGACUCGAUAAUCUACAUAUCUAUCUUCUCUCAGACUUAUGCUUCCAGUAAAUGGUGCCUCCGUGAGCUUGUCCAUAUGGUAGAAAGCGUGUCUAAGUCAAAGGGUAAAAAAAGUAUCUUUCCCAUUUUUUUCAACGUGGAACCCGAGGAUGUGAAACUUAAGACUCCACACUAUAGGGAAGCCUUUUUGAAGCACGAGAAGGAGUUUCCUAAUGAAGUCCAAGCGUGGAGAGAGGCUCUUGCAGAGGCAGAUGAAAUCAAGGGAUGGAUCGUGAAAAAAGACCAAAGCCAAGCAACAACUGUCAAAUUGAUUGUUGAAAAGGUUCUGGAGAAGUUGGAGAUAAAACAAAAACCAGUGACUGAAUAUUUAGUUGGACUUGAUGAUCGGGUAAAAGACUUGACAGAGUUAUUAGAUGUCAACCAUCGUGAUGUAAGGCUCAUUGUAAUUUAUGGAAUGGGUGGCAUCGGUAAGACGACUGUUGCCAAGGUCAUAUUCAAUAAUCUAUCUUCCCACUUUGGAAAGUGUUGUAGCUUCCUUGAGGAUGUUCGAGAAAGCUCGUCGAACAAGGAGGGCAUAGCCCAAUUGCAGAAGAAAUUAGUUUCAGACAUUGUUGGUUCUGAAUCUGCUGAAAAAUUGAGGGAUAUUGAACAAGGAAUGAGGAGGAUUGGAGAAAUACUCUGCACUAAGAAGGUCCUUGUGGUUCUAGAUGAUGUUGAUAAUAAAGAGCACAUUAGAGAACUAACAGGGAAUAGUUCAUUACAUUCAGGAUCUAGGCUUAUCAUUACAACAAGAAGCACGUCUAUUCUGAAAGUUGAGGGAUUUAAAGGUGAAAUUCUACCUUAUGAGAUGCUAAAGAUGAAUGAUGGUCUUGCACUUCAGCUUUUUUGUAGACAUGCCUUUGGCAAAGACUUUCCUUCGGAUGAUUAUCAUGGGAUUUCAAGUGAAAUUAUCUCAAGUAUGGGAGGGCUUCCAUUGGCUAUUAAAGUGACAGGUUCAUUACUUAAUCGGAAAGAUAAAGCAUUUUGGGAAGAGACGAUGGUUAGGUUAAAGAAUGUACCUGAAAAAGCGAUUCUAGAGAAGUUGAAGAUUAGCUAUGAUGACCUAGAUGAAUAUCAAAAACAAAUUUUUCUCGAUAUAGCAUGCUUCUUUCUCAAUGAGACAAAGACCGAUGCAAUUUACAUGUGGGCUGAUUGUCAAUCUUAUCCGGAAAGAGGAAUUGAUGUCCUUACCAGUCGUUGCUUAGUAAAGAUAUUGGACAAUGAUAAGUUCUGGAUGCAUGAUCAACUAAUAGACCUAGGAAGGCAAAUUGUCCGUCAAGAAAGUCCAAGUGACCUUGGAAAGCAGAGUAGGUUGUGGAUUGCAAAAGAAGCUCUCGAAAUUAUACGAACUAGAGAGGAGAAGGACAAGGUUCAAGCGCUUGAGAUAGAUGGACUGUAUGACUCCAUAGAGAUUAAAAAUGAAGAGUUUCAAAGGUUACAAAACCUAAGAUGCCUCAAGUUAUGCGAAGGAACUUAUACCGGGGACUUUGCAGAGUGUCGUUCAAAGUUGAGAUGGAUUUCUUGGCAUCCUCCUCGUCAGGGUUUCGGGGCAUACAAUAUGUAUUUGGUACAUCUCGUGGUUUUUAAACUUGGCAUGAAUGACUUCACCAAUGAUUCAAAAGCAUGGGACUUGAUCAAGAGGGCACAAAAUUUGAAGGUUCUAUCUCUUACUAAGUGUGAUGGCAUAACGACAAUCCCAGACUUCUCUAAAUGCUUGGGUUUAGAGAGGUUGACCCUUGCACGCUGCAAUAGGCUAAAGAGAAUUCAAAACUUCAUUGGAGAUCUACAAUCGUUGAUUGAGUUAGAGAUUGAAGGGUGCAUGGAUCUUACAAAUUUGCCUGACGAAGUGGGGGCACUAGUGAAGCUUAAGCGCUUCUCCUUGAGGCGAUGUUGUAAGUUAAGAGAACUUCCAAACUCACUUGGGAAUUUAACCUCAUUGGUAGAGUUAGAUUUAUCACGUACGGGUAUUGCUAAAAUUCCAAACUCCAUCAAACGACUUGUGAAACUUGAGUCUUUUCUUAUGGAAAACAUGAGGAUAAGUGACCUUCCCAACUCCAUUGGAAACUUAAAAUCAUUACGCGUAUUGCGUCUUUCAAAAGAAUUUUCCUAUUCGGAGCAUCAUGUUUGGCAGUUUCCUAGCGGCAUCAACAUUUUGGAAAAUCUUGGAGAGUUGGAUCUCUUUGGGUGUGAUGAAAUGAAUGGCGAAAUUCCUGAUGGAAUCGGAGAAUUGUCGAAAGAAUUUACUUAUUCGGAGCAUCAUGUUUGGCAAUUACCUAGUGGCAUCAACAUAUUGGAAAAUCUUGAAGAGCUAGAUUUCUCUGGGCGUGAUGAAAUGAUCGGCGAAAUUCCUGUUGGAAUUGGAGAAUUGUCAUCUUUAAGGAUCCUAAAUUUAGAGCGCACCCGUAUUUGUGGAAUUCCAAGGACAAUCAACAUGCUUCAUCACCUCCAAACACUAAACUUAAGAGAUUGUCAUGGGAUUCAAGAGUUGCCGGAGCUUCCCAAAAGUUUGACCUGUCUUCUUCUUAGAUCUGAGUCAUUGCUCUCUGUCCCUAAUCUGUCAAACCUUACUAAUUUGGUUGAGCUGCUACUGAGUGAUGGCUCUCGUAAUACAGGCAAAUCAAACCUAAUAAGAGGAUGCAACAUAAGGUGGAUUGGCAUGUUAUCUAGAUUGAAAAAGUUAGAGUUAAAUCUGCUUAAGGUUCUUGCACCUCAAGAGUUGGCUUCUCUUUCUCAUCUGGAAGAGCUUACUUUGUCUGACCUAAACCAAGAAACCCUCAUGCAGCUUCCGUCCUCUCUGCUAAAAUUGGAUUUAAAAGUUUUUAGCUUCAGUUGGGCAGAGUUACAUCCCUCCUACUUGAGAUUGAGUAAUUUGUCGACUUUAGAGUUGUAUUAUGGUGAAGUGGAAGAUAUACCACUCAAUGGACUUCCCCGACUGGAGAACUUAACUGUUGAUAGUUGUAAACUGCUUCAGAAUUUAUCCAUUCCUAUGGAAUCAAGGAUGCUACGGCAAGCGUGUGUGUCAUCUUGCCCAGAUCUAGUGGAGAUAAAAUUUGCAGGUCUUUCGGAAUCAUUGGAAUGCUUAAACAUUUCUAUGUGUGAAUCGCUGUCUAGAAUAGAUGGGUUAUCAUACUUGAAGAAACUGGAGGAUUUGGCAAUCCGAAAGUGCAAUGCACUCACUAAUGUUGAGGGCGUGAACGAGCUAGAGUCUCUGAAAUGGCUGGUGGUCGAAGAGUGCAUGUCAUUGAGAAGGUUGAUUGAUAAAACAAGCCCAAAUAUACCAGAUGAUUGCCUCGUCACAGUACAAGGGUGCGGAGACUUUAUCAAAGAUUCUACCCAAUUCUACCAAUCUAGAUUCUCUUUUAAGCGUUACAGGGAGGACAUUCUUCAGGGUACCUCAAAUAAGAUCGAUCAUCCUUUCAGAAUCAUAUUCCACCUUGGAGUAAAGAAGUCAAGCGAGGGGUUUGAGUUUGUCGGUGAAAUAAAGAGGGAAACAGAGGUCGCCUCGGAUACAGUGACAUAUGAGGGAUUGAUUGCUGGCGUGAAAGGUUUCGACUUUCAUCCGAAGAGAAUGUGGUACGAGAGUCCCGGUAAAGACCACGAAUUGCUGGUGGAGAUCGAGGGUGACGAGCAAGUGAAGGAAAUGGUGCAACAAGCAUCUGAAAGAGGAUCGAUUCAUGUGUACGUCGAGGGAAGGGUCGACUUUUCUUUGGGGGGAGCAAUGAUCAAGGGCAACCAAUGGGACUGCCCCGUGCAUUUCUUGUCUUUCCUUUUCGUCGUUUUGUUUUUUCUCUGGCUUUCGUGGACUUUCCCGGGAAAACAGGUUUUCUGGGGAAUUUUUGGUGAUUAGCUUCGGUUUUUUGUUCUCCACCCCCAAGACGCUAUACGAUUUGUGCGGAAUGAGUGGUGAUCUUUCUUUUUUUUUCCGUUUAUUUCCUUUGUGUCAAUUUAA